AUGCUGCCCCAAGAUAAAGAUGGAAAGCCUGAGAAAUGGCGUUAUGAGAUGUGGUUCUUCUCCCACGACCGCAUAGUUUACGCCAUUCACGGUGGGCCUAUGGCUGGCCGCAUCAACUACCAGACAGCUACGUACCAGUGUGUACGACCGGGUGAAAUCUGGCAGGUGAACUGGCUCGAGGAGACGGGCACCAUCUGCUCUCUCGUCUACGACAUUCCCAACCAGAAAGUCACAACCCUGAUUGGGUUCUCGAAGGGUCACUGGGAGCACCCACAGGAGGCCCACGGCGACAAGAGAGACCCGAACGCGUUCGAUCGAUGGAGGGAACUUGCGAAGAUUGGCUCGCAGACUGACCGGUUCAUGCUGUCGGAGCAGGCAGACAUUCUGGAAAACUUCAAGGGAAAGGGGAGUUUGCAGCCAAUUGCUAGCGAUGCGCAAACCUUUUGA